CGCCCCGCGCCGCCGUGAGGGGGGCGGGGCGGGCGGCGCGUCCCGCCGCUGGGGGCGGCUGCCCCUCGGGGCCCCGGCACGCGUCCCCGCCGCAGGGAGCCCCGGCCGUUAUCGGCGCGCUCCAGGGCCUGCGGCUGGGGCUGCCUCUGGAGCGAGUCUCAGCCCGCCCGCCAGCCGUGGGGGAAGGGAGGCUCCCCGGCGCCGGUCGCGGCCUUUAUCGUAAAGACCAGCUCGCGGGGCGGGCGGAAAAGGCAGAGGCCUCUUGUGCGGGCGGUGAUGGCCCGCCCGCCCGCGGCACCUUCGUCCGCGGCUCUACGCGUGGAAACCCCGCCGCUCCGGGGGACUGAGGCCCGGCCUGGCCCGCCGGGGCUGGCACCCUCGGACCCGGCUCAGAGAGGACAAGUUCCCCCCCCCCCCGCUCCCGUUUCUUGAGUCCGGUAUUUUCUUUCAUUGGUGCUAAGCAUCAGCAGUUCCCAUUGUUGAAGUUCCACAAAAAGACAGAGAUGCCAAACAACUGAGAGCAGCAGCAGCAGUUCCUGACCUUGAGGCAGAAACACCACCUCAGUUAAACAGUGGGAAAUGAAGACUUCUGGCAAUGUAUUACCAGUCACAAUUCUGCAGAGCUCCAACUAAUACUUUGAAGAAUAGCAGCAAUCCUGGAACCAGAUUUUCAAAACAGAUGUGCGUGAAAAUCUGAAGUGUGAUGGCAAUGCAAAAGGACAACACCUAUGAAGCCUGAGGAGUAGAUCUUUGCUGAAGAUCAGUCUCAAGAACAGCUCUGGACUAGAACGGCAUAUCUGGAAAUAGAUCUGUUGAUGGAGCCCUAUGGGAGAAUCCCCCAAUUAUUCGUUAAAACAAAAUGUCGUCAUCAUCGCAGUCAUCCUCGUCUUUACCUGUAUGUAGCGGUACUGCUCCUUUACUGGACUUCGAUCUUCAGGAAAAGUUUCUUCUUCCUCAUGCUACUGAGGAAAGUACGUAUGUGCCACCUGGAGAAGCAGAAAAACUCUGUUCACCAGUUCAGCUGUAUGAAAAGGAUUAUCACAGAACUACAAAAGCCAUCCAAGAUGGAAAAUGUUUUACUGAUCUAAGCAAAGAAUCUGACAGUCUAGCGCACCAAUUAAACAGUAAAAACAUUGACACUUUGAUGCAGAAGUUAAGUGAAAAUGAAACCCAAAAUACUAAUCUCAGGAGAAAAAUACUUGAAAGGGAGAAACAUGUUAAAGAACUUUUAUCCAGGCUUCAGCUUGAAAAAGUCAAUGUACAGAAAGAAGACCACCUGUCAAGAUCAGUAAAGGCAGUACAAGCUCACCUGCAAUGUCAGAUUCAAAGAAAAGAAGUGGAAAAUGAUGAGUUAAAAGUGAAAAUACAGACUCUAGAAAAGAAAAUAGCAGAGUGGAAACAUCAAGUUGGUGAAUACAAGCACCAGAUGUUAGCCUUAAAGGAAACAAGUGAGCAAAAGAAGACUGCUCUGAAAAAAGUAAUGAGGUCCCAGAAACAAAGAGCACAACACUUUGAAGCAGCAGUGGAAAAUUUAACCUCCAGAAUAAGAGAACGUGAAGUCGAACUCUCUGAGAUACUGUCAGCUUCCGAUGUCUGGAAAAACCAGCAUGAUAGAAUGGUUGAAGGAAAGACAACAUUAGAAAUUCAAACAGAAGAUCUUAAGAAGCAGAUCACAAGCCUUUUGGAAGACCUGAAAAGAAAGGAGGAAUGGAGAAGAAACUCAGAUGAGGAAGUUCUUGGAAAGCUAAAUUCUGUUAAGUCUGAAAAUGAAAAGAUUUACCUCGAAAAUGAAAAACUAAAGGCUUCCCUUGCUACAUUGGAAAACAGUACCAUUUCUGUUGAAAAUGAGCUGCGAAAUCUGCAAGAAAAGGCAAAGCUGCAGGAAAACCUUGUUGAACAGUAUAAAAAUCAGGUACAAAAAUUACAAACAGCAGUAGAAGAAUUGAAAUCCAGAUAUGAAACAGUCUUAAAUGAAAACAAAAGAAUAACAGAAAACAAAUGCUUAGAAGUAGAUAAGGUGAGGGACAAAACAGAGGCUGAGUUAAAGGAGUUAGAACAUGUUUGUGACUUGCUGAAAGCAGCUGAGGAAAAGCAGCAAGGAUAUCAGGAAAAGCUUAUGUCCUGGGAAAGGAUCCAUGCACAGAAAUGCAAAACCCUUAGGGAGCUGCAGGUUCAGGAGGAAGACAGUGUAACUUCUGUGGGUAGUCAUUCCUUAGAAGAAGAAAACUGUAACAUUCAGAAGAAAUAUGAAGAUCUUAAAAGGCAGUUAGAAAAGAUGCAAUUUCAAAAUGAAGAACUUGCUUGUCAACUCAAAAAAGAAGAUGAGAGUCUUCAGUGCAGUAAAUUGCAGCUUGAAGAGAAAAUUGCAGAAUAUAAUGGAUUAACCAGACAACUGGAAUCUGCUUUGGAAGAAGGGAGAAAAAUGGUAGCUGAAGAACUGGAAAAAAUGUCGUACAAAGAACAAGCCCUUCAGACAAAAAUGCUAGCACUUGAAACUGAAGUGAGAGAGGGGCAAGAAGAGAAAAAACAACUCCUCUGCAUAUUUCACCAUAAUGAAAAGCACCAUGAAGUACGUUUGAAAGAGCUGGAGAACAGCCUUCAAAAGUCAGAGAACAAGAACCAGAGCAUCCAGAAUUAUGUCCAGUUUUUGAAAGCUGCAUACAUAACAAUGUUUGGCUGAAUUCUUUAGAUUAUUUAUUAAUAAAGAAACUUUUCAAGAUUUGGCUCUAAAUCUUGUUGGAGGCAAGGCUGUUGAAGCCUUAUAGUAUUUUGCAGGAUUGAGUACUCUAAUGUUACUUCUUCCCUAGGAAAACUUCUGUUGUGGGCAAGGAAAAGCAGGUCAAUCAUUACUGUAUAUCCUACUGGCUGGUCACAUAUGGAAAAUUUACCUGGUGUUGCUGAUACAAAGAAUUGUAUUAUUCAUGGAACAGAAGUGAAAAGGCAGACUGCAUGAUGGUAGUGACAGGUGUGUGAGUGUGGGGUACGCACACAAAGUUGUGAAUUGGUCAGCGAAUUUACCAUGUGUUAGGUCCUGUGCUGUAAAAUCUUACCUGUGUCCUUUUAGUCCCUGGUAAAUGCAGAUAAUCACAGAUUACCUUUCAGUUCACGUGGGGGAAGAGAACACCCAUGUACUGGUUGCACAGUAAUUUCCGUAUUUUAAUUAUUAAUAAUUAUAUAAUGUUUAUCAGUCAUUAUAAUUCUGUUACUGUAGAAGUCUAGUUGCCCAAGGUAAUGAUAUCUAUCCUAUUAAGACAGGCAAAAAUUUAGAGAGCAUUAGGCUCCCUUCCUUUCUUUUCACUGUAGCUUAGCACCAAUAUAGCACGCGCUACUGCACCGCAUGAAAUAUUU